AUGAAUAAGUCAUUAUCCGAAUCAAACUUAAAUGUAUCGCCUCCGCGCGAUUUAAAUAUAACCCCACCGAACUACGUCUCCAACCGUGCUGCUAAGAAGAGAAAGGAAGACCACAGCCCUCCAAUGCACACGGACACUCAGCACGAGCCCGGGAAUAACGACAUUUCUGCACUUAGAGAAGAAAUGAGGGAAAUGUUCGCAACACUUCUUGCUACCCAGCGGCAGGAAUUCGAAAAGAUCAAUCCCACUCUAAAACAAAUCCAGGACACUAACAUAAAGAUAGAAAGCUCGAUUGAAUUCCUGUCCAGACAAAAUCUAGAACUACAAAAAAGAAUUGAAACCUUAGAACUACAAAAAAAGGAGGACGCCAAACACAUCACGGCCCUCGAGGACAAAAUCGAAAACAUGCUAAAACACUCAAGAAAAGCUAAUUUUGAAAUUAAGAAUGUGCCGAAGAAAGAGAAAGAAACAAAAGAAGACUUAAUCAAGAUGGUGACCUGCUUGUCCUCCUCAGUGGGCGCUGCCCUUACCAAAUCCGACGUGGCCGACAUCUACAGAGUACGUGGCAAAAAAGACAAUGUAGUUAAUACCCCUAUUGUUGUUGAAACAACGUCCACUACCCUGAAGAGUGAAUUACUACAGAGCUGCAAGACCUAUAACAUCCGCAACAAAACCAAACUUCGGGCGAAACACCUUGGAUUCGUCACACAAGAAGAGACCCCCAUAUUUGUCUCGGAGCAAUUGACCCCAAAGGCCUCACGCUUGUAUUUUCUAGCGCGGGACCUUGUGAAAUCAACGACGUUCACUUUCUGCUGGACCGCCUACGGAAAUGUAUACGUUAGAAGAGAUGAGAAUUCCCCAAUAAUUACCAUAACGAGCGAAGCUCAAAUCAAACAACUUUUCCAAAUUAAAUGA